GAGGGAGCGAUCGUCUGCUAGGCCCAAUCAUCGGCUCAGUGCCGCCUGCCGGUGCCGGGGACUGGUGGUGAGGAUUCGCAGCAGCGCGUCAGGACCGGACCGUGAACCCGGAGACGGUACACACUGAGGCGAAAGCAAGACACAGGAUGGAGCAGAUGUCAGAGGAGGCGUUAAGGCUAAACCUGCUAAAACGAGGCCUGGAGUCGCCCAGCGAACGAGAGGAGGCCCUAGCUAAGCGCCUGAAAAUGGAGGGCCACGAGGCUAUGGAGCGCCUCAAGAUGUUGGCGCUGCUGAAACGCAAAGAUCUAGCGGACCUGGCCGCCCUGGAAGUCGCCGGUCCUCUGGGAGACGGGAAGGGGCCCGGCGCUAGCACGCUCCACCAUCAGAGCUUAAUGGGCGCCACUUACGAGGAGAAGCUCAAUGGGAGCCUGAGACUGGGAGGACAUGGCGGCCAUGUUGGACCGAGUAAGAACGGGAAGGAGAACAUGCUAGAUGAGCCAGUGGAUAUGAGCGCCGGGCGGAGAUGUGACACGGACCACGACAGAAGAACUCCUUCCCCAGACGUCAUCAUUCUGUCAGACAACGAAGCAUCCAGUCCCAGAACAACGCCUCGUCCCGAAGAGCGCCUGAACCACGCAAACCUGGAGAUGUUCAGGGGCAAGACCGGAGAGGAGAGGCAGCAGAUGAUCAAAGCCCUGAGAGAGGAGUUGCGUUUGGAGGAGGCUCGCCUCGUGCUGCUGAAAAAGCUCCGUCAGAGUCAGAUGCAGAAGGAGAAUGUGGUGCAGAAGGUACCGGUGGUCCAGAAUGCUGCCGCUUCUGGCCAGCCUCCUUCCAUGCACAGCUCCCCUGGCCUGGGGAAGCUUCCAGUACGACCAGGCCUGCACAACACGGAGCCCCAGAACCUCCGCACUGCACAGGGUCACACAGUCAUCAGAUCAGGAGCCAACGCCAACCUGCCGCCGAUGCUGAUGUCGCAACGGGUGAUAGCACCCAACCCUGCCCAGCUGCAAGGCCAGCGGCUCUCCUCCAAGCCCGGAAUGGCUCGCUCCAGCAGCAUGGGCAACGCCGUAAGCUACCAGCAGGCCAGCCAGCAGGUGGCAGCAUCCCAGCGAUCAGCCUCCAGUGCCAUGUACAUGAACCUCGCGCACAUGCAAGCAGCAGCGGGGGCUAGUGGGGUGGCGGGCGGCCUGGGCGGAGCCUCAGCCGUCAGUCCGUCCACCCUGUCCGGCUCGGCCAGCGGGGGCGUGAACUCCAUGGCCGACCAGGCCAGCAGCCAGGCUGCCGCGAAGCUCGCCCUGAGGAAGCAGCUGGAGAAAACGCUGUUGGAGAUCCCACCGCCGAAACCCCCUGCCCCGCUCCUCCACUUCCUGCCUUCGGCCGCCAACAGCGAGUUCAUCUACAUGGUGGGCCUGGAGGAGGUGGUGCAGAGCGUCCUGGACAGUCAGGGUAAACUCCGGGGGACGCUUUCCCGUAUGGAGCCCUUCUUCUGCGCCCAGUGUCGAACCGACUUCACCCCCCACUGGAAGCAGGAGAAGAGUGGUCGGAUUCUCUGUGAGCAGUGUAUGAUGUCCAACCAGAAGAAGGCUCUGAAGGCAGAGCACACUAACAGGCUGAAGAAUGCCUUUGUGAAGGCCCUCCAGCAGGAGCAGGAGAUCGAACAGAGACUGCAGCAGGCGGCCCUCUCGCCCAGCUCAGCCCCGAGUGGCCCCAACGCCUCCAAGACCGACUCCCUGAUUCGACAUCAUGCUCUGCGCCAGACUCCACAACCUCAGGCCUCUCUGCAAAGGGGUCUGUCCAACUCUGCACGGGGUGUCCUGUCUAACUUCGCCCAGGCCUCCCAGCUGUCGGUGGCCAGCAGUCUGAUGGGGAUGAGCAGCGGAAAGCACUGUGGCAGCGGUGGAGGCAACAGCAGUAGCAGCAACAGACUGCAGCACGACAGCCGUCGCCAGAUCUACAACAUCCCAGGGUUAAAUAUCGCUUAUCUGAACCCCGCCGCAGUGGGCGCCCAUAAGAACUCCAGCUUAGCAGACCGUCAGAGAGAGUACCUGUUGGACAUGAUCCCACCUCGAUCCAUAUCGCAGUCCAUCACCGGACAGAAAUGAGCCCGAUGGCCCAACAGAGGACGCCUUGCCCCAGGCCCUAUCGUCCUACCCCACGCUGAAGCACUCCGACGUCAGCCAAUAUAGCCCCUCCCCCGUGCCCCCAGGCCCCACCCAUCGCAUGCAGUGCCUGUCCAUGUGCCUACCUUCAACCGACCCAUGGAGCCGACCCAAUAAAGCCGCCAGGUCACGCAAAGACAAUAAAAUGUCAGCGCAUUUCAAAUUUAGCCACAUAGUGAAAUUCUUCUUCCCAUUAUUAGCACUAUUAUUAUAAACGCUUUCUUUUUGCUUCCAUUACUAUUACUCAUUAUGCUUUUUUUUAUUUGACAAGUAUUCCUUUUAUGUUUUUUCUGCUGUCAUUCCUUGAUUGAGGAAAGUGACAAUGAAUCAUUGUAAGGUCACUUUAGACCUUUUUUUUUGUUUGUUUUUAUUGCUCCGCUCAGAUAUGAAGCUUGGAUUGGAGUCACGCUAGUAACAGAAGAUCAACAGGGUGCAUUCUGGUUACUAUGCAACUUGAGAGCUUUGUAUUCAACGCCGUACGAAGGUUUCCAAGUGGAGAAUCUGGACAGUAAGUAAUAUCCAGUUGCUCUUCAAAAGAGGAUGAAGACGCUGUUUCUACAAGAUUAGAAAGAUGGCUCAAGACACGGAGGACGUCGGCAUUCUCAUCACCUCAUGGAGAAUAUUCCAUUCCAGCCAGCAUCACUGCUAACCAACUGGAAAUGACAAAAGGGUGCAGGCGAAUCCUAACGUCAUCACGACUUUUCCUUUUGCUCCCCUGUCAAGCACCGCCACUUGGCUCCAGAUUCCUUCCCUUCCAUGAUGGAUGUACACGGGAUGGUUCUGGCCAUCGGGACCGAGCUGUCAGGAUUUGGGAUCUUUGCAAGCCACAGACUUCUCCCGGAUUUAGAGCGAAGAAGACGGCUGACGCCCCUCCUGCUUCCAUCUUCCCAACCACACCACCCUUAACUACCUUUGGUUAUGCAGAGACUGGACGCUUUCCACCCAGCACCAACCUUCUUGCAACGUGACUCUGGAAGGUGGAAGCACAUUUUUGUGCAGCCGAACACACAAACCUUGAACUCUGGAUCAUUUGCUUAUGUUUGGCUUUAGAUUUUCUGAUUCUUAGCCCCCCGCCACCUCUAAAUACUUGUUUUUUCUCUUUCUUUUUAUUAUUUUUUUGGACUUUUUUGCGGCGUCUCUUCUUGAAAUGUUGGCGUACCUGAGAGGUAUUAGCCUUCGGGAGACGAUAAUAAUCAAGAAAGCUAAAAACAAAAAAAACUAUUGAAAAUCUGUAUGGAUUAUGUAUAGAUACCUAGCAUCAGAGGCAGAAAAAAAGGAUGUGGAUUAUAUCUUUUAUGGGAGAGACAUGGAUCAAUCAUUGUGUGCAUGUUCUGCGCACAAGUUGCCUCACUCCAGAGGAGCACUUUGCAUAUUUCCAAUUGGAAAAAAAAAACAAAACUUUUUUUUUUUUUUUAAAGAGGAAAAGAAUGUUACAUUAAGGGUCUCUUAAGGUCUGGAAGCUGGCUGAUGGCCGAUCAGAGAGUCACGGGUUGUAUGGUUUACUACAUGUGCUUUUGCGGUUUUCACCUCUAAAUGUUGGACCUCAUGUUGCAUGUCGCUGCUCAUGGAGAAGCAGGAGUACACUCACAAGUCUCCAAGUAUACACUCGUGGUCUUUGGACCAAAGCAUAUUCACAAGCUUGAUUCUGGCUCGUAAGAAUCCAGCUACUUCCCCGUUUCCACUGCACGGUAUCAUCUUUAUGACCCCGGUUUGGGCCGGCCAGUCGUCUAAAACCAUGCCUCACUGGUUGCAUCAGUCGGAUCCAUACGCAUAAAGACAACAGUGGUGGACAAAAAAGGUCUGCUUUUUGACUUUACAUCCAUCUAUCCAUUUUCUUCCGCUGGUUGGGGCGUGGGACGAGAAGCCCAGACUUCCCUCUCCCCAGCUACUUUGUCCAGCUCCUCGGAUCCUGAGCGUUCCCAUGCCAGCUGAGAGACAGCGCCUCUCCAAUGUGUCCUGGGUCUUCCCCAAGGCCUCCUACUGGUCAGACGUGCCCUGAACAUCUCCCCAGGGAGGCGUCUGGGAGGCAUUCUGACCAGAUGCCGGAUCUGGCUCCUUUCAAUGUGGAGAAGCAGCAGCUCUACUCAGACUUCCUCCUGGCUGACAAUGCUUCUCACCCGACAUGUAAGAGAGGGCCCAGCCACCCUACAGAGGAAAGUCGUUUAGGCUGCUUGUACCCGCGACCUUGUCCUUUUGGUCACUAUCCUAGGUGGGGGGUAGUAACAUAGAUCGACCGGCCUUCCUUUUGGCUCAGCUCCCUCUUCACCGCUGGACUAAUGCAGACUCCCCAUCACUGCAGACGUUGCACCAGUCCACCCGUCGAUCUCGCAAAGACCCGAAGGUCCUCCACUCCAACCCAGAGCUGGCGCCCAAUGAGUGACUGUUUUUGUCACGCCCCUUUCGCUUCAACUGAACAGGUACUGGAAGUACUUGCCCAUGGAAAUGUAUCUGUUGCGAGUGGCGCCAUGCAGUGGAAAAGGGACGUACCUGGCCAUGUUAUAUACUGGGAUCGCUGGAGAGAACAAGCAGAAAUGUUUUUUUAUAUAAGUUCAUUUAACAGUGUUCAAGUCCGACUCCUUACACGCCCAUACAGUACAACUAAGCUGAGCUUGCACCUCCCCUCCUUUGCCUAUCGCUUGGUCUUCACACUAAAGCAUUAGUGGUUAGUUGGACACCAUGGAGACAAUAACUUCAGAGGCUGCAUUUUAGAGGAAAGCAAUUAUAUCGGAAAGCAAUACACUCGUCUCUGUCCUGCACCCAAUUCCAAGGGUCACCGCUGUGCUAAUGUGCCCGUUCAUAACCCAAAGGCUCUUUGGCGCACCGCAUGCCUGAAAGACCUUCCAAUAUGGUUGGUGAAAGCGUCAAAAGAGCAUACUGUGCAUUUAAAAUGUAGGUAUUUCACGCCAUUUUCUGGUACCCGCCAAGUCAAAGCCCUUUGGAGCAGCAGGCUGGCUGAAGCCCCCGUGUUGGGACAUGUUGGUCAACAGGGCCACAGCAGCUCAUUUGGUUGGAUCCGCGGCAUUUACUCAUGGAAAGCGUAACCCUUACAAUAUUACCAUUUGUGAAUGCGAUGUACAAGAAAUGUAUGUUGAAGCGAGCAGACACACUUGGUAGAGCAGCCUUUGUGAUCAUGCUGACCGUCACCGUGCAGGAAUGCCAGUACUGUAUGUGUACCCUACCAACCACUUUGGUACAGUGUCUAAAAGGGUGGCGCUAGACACACGUUGGUACGUGCACGUGCGUGGACAUGGGAGUUGCAUGCCAAAUAGAGCCAAGACGAAAUGCUGGCCGUGGUCCGUUGUUGUUCCUCGUUGUCAGUCGUUGAAUUCAUUGUCGUGUCGCCACGGUUCACAUCAUGACGACUGACUAGCACCAUGUCAGCCAGAACACGUGCCAGAUGAACCACACCGUGCUUAGCUAAACGAAACACGGCUUAGGUCGCCAUUGGUAAAGCCUCCGCCCCAUUGCGGUCUGAAAAAGCAGGCUGCGCUGUGUGUGUUUCGGACGUUACUCAUACUGUCCUAGCUUAAAACUGGGAUUUGCCGUCGUAUGAUGGAUCUGACGGGAAGGUUAAACGGCACAAUCGGACAGGGCCUUAAAGCACUCCCUUUGAACUGGGGUUGUGUUCACGCUUGUCACGUUUGCUCUGAUUAAUGCUGCGUUCAUGCUUUUGCUUUGGCACUCAAAUACGCUACGCCGAGCAUUCACACCGGAGUGUUUGUCACGCAGUCAAGUGAGGCUUGAUUAGGCGGCUUUCAUGACACAUGACGUGACGUAACUCUAAAUAUUUCUAACUCUACGUGAAAAAUACGGUAAUGCCUCCUUUAUGGCGGUUUAUUGGUUCCACACCCGACCCUGAUAAGUGAAUUCCCACCAGGUACGAUUCCUUAUGGAAUAUAGAAAACCCUUUACGACCCUCUAAAUAUGGGUUUUAAUAUUAUUAGAGCCCUCUAGACAUCAAAUAACACCCAUAUAGUCACCUUUACACUCCUAUACCCAAUGUAGUAGACAUAAGAGAAAAUAAGACAUAAUAUCGACUCACAUUCCUUGUUCCUUUUACUUUCUGUACAGUACUUCCAUCAGUGUAACAUUACUGACACCUAGUGACCAGUGUAGAAUACUACACAUCAUCACAACGUCUUUGUAUGGAUCUUCUGGAUGCCUUGUAUUUGAACUUUACUACAUUUAGUCGUGGUUAUGCUUGAAAAUCCUUCAUUUCGGACAAAAUACAUAUAAUUUGCAUAAAUGUGCAUAUUGAAAUACUGAAAUAAAUUAGCUUUCCAAAAUAUAACUCAUUGAGUGUGCCUGUACCCGCAUACUGUUAAGAAUAUGUGUACUGAAUACACACACUACAGUACUCCCUCGCCACUGUGCACUUCAAAUUUUGCGGCUUCACUCACCAAAAUAUAUUGAUGAAUGAAUGACGUAAAAUGCAAAUAUAAGGCAUUCAGAAGAUGCAGUCAAAGAUGUAGUAUUCUACACUGGUCAGUAGGUGUCAGCAAUGAGAUAAUAGCCACCGCAGGAAGUACUGUGUAGAACGGGAAGUAAAAGAACAAGGAGCUCUCCCAGUGCUAACAUGUGAGUCUGUUAUGUCUUAUGUGUUUUAUGAUCUCUUGUUAUGUCUGCUAUAUUCUCUAAAGGUGUCUAUAGGGGUGUUAUUUCAUGUCUAGAGGGCUCUAAUCAUCUUUAAAAGCAUAUUUAGAAGGUGGUCAACAGGUUUUCUGUGCUCUUAACUACCAAAGUAUUCCAUUAAUCAAUAAGGAAGCCUACCUACUUUGUGGAAAUUCACUUAUCACGGGUGGGUCCCGUGAUAAGUGAAUUGUCCCUUGCAUAUUCAGUGAUGUCUUUCCUCUGCUUGAAAUCGUUAAUAAUUUGUUUGUUUUAUGGUAACUUAAACAGAAAGUGGUUUGAUGGCGCUAUCUGCAGCUAGAAACCCAGCAGAGGAAGCUGUCUCACAAGUUAAUUCACUCAACAUUUCCCAGCAGGCCGAUGUUUUUGACAAAACGUGAUGUGGAACUGCAUGUUUUGUACGUACAGUACUGUAUACUGUAUGCUUGCCAUUGGUUUUUCAUGUCUACUGCUACAUUUAAAAUGCAUUUAAUAACUGAGAGGCGCAUUAUAAGAUUUAUUAGUCAUUUUAGGCUUUUUUUUUAUGAGUGCGACCAUUUUCGCCAUUUGUCGGGGGUUUUGGAACAUAGCCCUCAUGAAUAACGAGCUGUACUACACAUAAAAUAACACAAUUAUCUAACCAAGCAUAAACAGUUGAGUUCAGUAAUACAUCACAAAUGCAGUCCAGUCAGGAUGUGUGAGUGUGUUUACUGUACGUAGGUUUUUAUGAAUGUCCAAUGAUGCUAAAAUCCUUUCAAUGUGAAUGCUAAUCAGAGCAAAGUGCACAACUUGCGCAGUAAAGCUAGUUUUAGCAGCCGCGGCGUCAUGAAAAGUUUCUCAAAUGUGCUUUUAAAAGUAACAGGAGUGGUUUUCGUAGCGCUCUGUGGUACAUUCAUCUUUUUAUGCAAGUCAUUCUCGUCAGGAUUUGACGAAUUGGCUAAUGGCAAAUUAGCUAUUAGCCAACCUGCGUGACGCGUGAACACCACGUUAAAUGUGGUCUGGGAUGUGUUUCUGUGCUUUCUGUCAGGUCCAACGCAGGCCCGGCUGUAAAAACUGAGCUCCAAAGGUCGUGACUCGGCGGUACUUGAUGUUGAACCGCAUAAUUAGCAUAUAUUAGCACUUAAGCUAACCUACUGAACACCACUGGUGUUCGCUAGCUAGUAUGACACUGAUGCUUGGAUUCCUUCACUUGUUGAUUUAAGAAUAGUCCAACAAUACUUUGAAAUGUUUCCUGUUCAAGCUAGAAUAACCCCCAAGCACUUCAUGCCCACGCAGCACGUUCAUGCUGCGCUUUAAGCUAAGCUUAAUCGCAGAACCAUGCCUUGUGAGUAAAGAUGUUGAAGCUAAUUGUCAUCUUUAUUUUUUUACUUCAACACAAUUGGGAUCUCUUUUUUUUUUAAUACAACCAUCGCUCCCUCUGCCGCCACAUUUCCUGGCUUGACAAUUUGUGAGUCCAUGUCUGUAUCAUUUUUCCAUGUCGAUGAAUUUCAAGAACAAUCUUUGUGUCAAUAAUGAAAUGUAACAAAAGGAAAAACACAACAGUCAUGGAUGACAUUGUGUUCUUCUUCUUUAGACAACGCAAACAAAUUGAGACUGAGUCAGCAGCGCCUCUGCUGGCGGCACCCGGUAGGGCGCUCCAUUUUGCCUCCGUUGCGACGCGACACAAUCAACAACCCCACACUCAUGGAUAAAUCCGUAAAACGUUAGCGUAGCAUAGCAAGCAUGUGUUAUCCUAUGGUGCUUAACAAUGAACAUUCUCAUGCUUCAUACACCCGUAUGGAGAAGAUAUUUAACCAAAAUGAUUUUUUUUUUUUAUGCUAAAAUAUCAUUUGUGUGAUUUUGCCAAUUUGAAAAACAUAGAAAACAGAAACUCAAAAUAUUUGUGUUUAUUGGGGGAACAAAGUACUAUUUUAGUUUAUUUACCAAAUACACUUUUAAGACAAUUUUGUUAAGCACUGUAGCGUAUUGAAGAAUAUCAAAGUGGUCCCCGUAUCGCUCCAUUUUCCUGUAUGUGUUGUACACGUUAGCAUCGCGAUAUAAUAAUCAUCAUAUUAUUAUAUGUGCUUGUUUGUGGCUGCACACACACAGCGGGUGUUUCUCCAGGCAGACGAGGGGGGGUGAUGAUGAUGAUGAUGAUGAUGAUGAUGAUGAUGAUGCUUGAACAAUCCAGGCCGUGACCGGGUCACAGCGUUCCAGCCAGUUGGAAGUCUGAAACUACCUAAAAGAAAAGCUGUCAAGUUUAAACUUGGCCAUCUGUUUUCUGCUGCGUCUCAAAUGGAACACUUGCGUCAGUGCACUUCAAUAAGUACACUGGCCACACUGUGUGCUUUUUCAGUUUUGACAGAGGACGGUCGCGAUGUGUACGUUCUUCUCUCCUUUUUAAUUGGGAGUUGCGACCACUUGAGUUAACCCCUCCCCUUCCGUUACGUAGCCAAGAUGGCGACUGUUGAGGGUGCAAAGUGUCCAAUGCACACUCACCAUUAUGAGCGCAACAUCCAGGCUUCUUGCCGUACUUGUCAGUGUGCACUUAGGCAUGAAAAGACUGUGCGAGUACGCCGGUGUGCACUUACGCACUCAAAACAUUAACUGUAAGUACACAAGUGUGCACUUUUGCACUGAAAAGAUGUAGUGUAAGUGUGCCAGUGUGCACUUAUGCAUUCAGAAGACUUAAGUGUAAGUAUGCAGUGUGCACUUCCGCACUCAAUAGACUGUAAGUGUAAGUACGCCAGUGUGCAGUCAUGCACUGAAAUGCACUCAAAAGACUAAGUCUCAGUAGGCCAGUGUGCACUUUUGCACUCAGGAGACUAAACGUAGGUACGCCAACUAAGUAUGCAAGUGUGCACCUACGAACUGAAAAAGUAAGUACCCAAGUGUUCACUUGCGCAUUCAAAAGUGUAAGUAGUCCAGUCUGCACUUCCGCACUCAGUCAAGACUAAGCGCAAGUACGCCAGUGUGCACUUAUACACUGAAGAGACUGAGUGUAAGCAUGCAAAUGCACACCUACGCACUCGCAAGACUAAGUAAGUUCGCAAGUGUGUACUCACGCACUCAGAAGACUAACUGUAAGUACGCUUAUGUACUGAAAAGACUAAGUGUAAGUACGCUUAUGUACUGAAAAGACUAAGUGUAAGUACGCAAGUGCACCAAUUCAGACGCAGCCUUAGUUUGCUCGUAGAGAGUCAAUCAAAUGUCCCUUUAUCCAAGCAGUUGGGUGUAUUUUUUGUUUUUUGGAAUGAACGGUUUCCAGCCUCAUUGAAGUGAAAAAGAAACACAAAAAACAAAAACCUCCCGUCUCUUUCUCUGGCUCUUUUCCUCCACACACCUUUCUAUUUGGACUUUUAUUUCCUCUUUUCCUUUCUAAUGCAGUUUGCAGGAAAAAAGUAUGGCGUGAGCUAAAGGAUGGGAUGUUUGCUAGGACUUGUACAUAAGCAUUUUCCUCCCUUGUACUGAAAAAAGAACUUCAAUGGUUGUAUAUUGUGUAGAAAAGCAAACAAAAAGCCAUGAAUAUUGUGAAGCUUGUCAUUUCGUUUUGUGAUCACUGUGUAUUAUUGUGUAACAAAUGUGCAAAACGUU